UUCAUCGGCGUCUGCUUGAAGUGGGUGCAAUCGUAACGCUCAUUCUACUGCUAAUAUUACUGAAUUCACUAUCGCUGUUAUCUUGAUAUCACAGUUCAACCGUUAGCAAAUAGUUCAAACCGUUUCUACUAUUCCUUAAUAGAGGGAGCUAAUGUAGCGGAGCGUACGACCGGGUUUUCUGGGGCAUUUUUCAAGUGCAAAAUCGGUGCCGAAAAGAGAUAGCCUCAUGCAGGUGAGUGCAAAAUAUGGCCGCCAGUGAUUUAUUAUUAUUAUUCCUCAGCCAGAGAAAUGAGAGAACGCAACCACAGUCGGCAAACAGCAUCGCAAGCAGUUAGAAAACAUUUUUGAACUAACAUAAAUGUGAGAACGAGACGGAGAGGUGAACAAAUCGGGCUGAGUGCAGACGAAUUGAGCUCCCGCAUUCCAAGUGUAUCAAUUAAAACUUGAGCCACGCAGCCAAGGAAAAGGCCAAAAAAUUAUUAACUGCCAACACCGAACCAGCGCCUCGGAAAGCAGCGACGGGAUAAAGUUCAUUACCGAAAAAGGCUGUUACGCCGGCAUCAAAUAUUUAACAUAAUCGGACACUGCCCAAAUUAAACACCUGCGGCAAUCAACAAAUGGCACUAAUUUAAUCAACUGCCGGAAUCGCCACAACACGGCCCGAACUUUCUCCCUCCCCCCCGCUCCCCUUUGUUCCAAUGCUUGCGGAAAGGAUGGAAAGACGGCUGUAAGAACACAUUGGCCGCCACGAACUCUCCAAAAAUUCACCUCACUGCCGCAACCAAAUUUCCCUAACAAAAUCCGGGGAGCAGUGGAGCGUUUUUUUAGCAUACAAAUCAGUGAACACGAUUCCUUGUGCAAUUGUUGUGUAUUGACCUACCCGAACAAUGUGUAAACAGUAGCGAGUGAGUGGUUAAUUCUUUCUGCCGAAGUUUAGCAAACAUGUGGCAUCAUGACUGUUGCAGCUGCACUAACGAUCGUCAAGCCAAAGCGGCAUCGAAGUGAGUGUGAAGCAGUGAAACCGGCGAGCCAGUGACGUGCUCGGAACGUCAGAACACACACACAUACACACACAGUAUGGCCGCGACGUCCGAAGUGACGUCCUGUGGUCCUGGGAGACCACCGCCAAGGGAGCGUACCGGCUCAUCGAGCCGGAGGGGGAAACUAUGCCAGAGCCGCUGGAUGCAGCUGGGCACGGUUUGGGUGACACUGCUGCUGGUGCUGCUCACCGUCGGCCAUCUUGGGAGCGUGCACGGCGAGAAAACGAAAACAUAUUACAUGGAGUCGAUCUGUAAAAAUCAUUUUCUACAGUUACUUUAUAGAAAAAUAGAUGGUGCUACCCUUCUGUCGAGGAACGAAAGGAACCUAAACUGUGUGGUCACGUUUCAAACGCACUCCAUACUGCAGAGAUUUAUGUUACGUUUCGAUAUGCUACAACUAGACUGUAAUGAUCAUUUGUAUGUAUAUGACGGUGCACACGCUGUCGGUACGCAUAAGGCGGACCUGACCUGUAAGGACACAAAACAAUCAGUGGGAGCGUUGUUCACGAAGACGAACUUUCUCACCUUCAAGUACGUGACCGACAACUGGGGCACGGAGACAAACGGUUUCAAGAUGGUCAUAACAUCCGUGAAAGAUUCAAAGCUUAACUGCGCAGACUUUCGGUGCAAGGUGCCCGACUUCUGCAUACACCAGGAUCUCAUGUGCGACGGUGUCAGCCACUGUGCGGACGGAUCGGACGAGGCGGUCGGAUCGCUCUGCCCCGGCCCGGAUCGCUACAUCAACACCAUCUUCGGCAUCGACCUGACGUGGGUCAUACUGAUCGGCGUCAGCAGUCUGAUCGUCUGCGGCUGCAUCAUCGGCAUCACGAUCUGCGUGUACGUGCGCAACGCACGCAACACACCGAACCAGCUGAACUCUUCGAUACAGUUGAACCAGAUGAUAGAAUCGAAUGGUUCAUCGAAACAUCUUCAAGGAACUCUGCCGCGGGAAACAACAACAAUACCUGCUUCGGGAAACUUGCAUCACCCUGCGGGACCAUUAGGACUGUCUGGUUGGUCAUCAAAAACCGCGCAGGGUGUAAUAUUGAAAAAGGGAGUAAACAGUGUACCCAAACAACAAGCAAACAAGCAACAAUGCGAGCAACACGAACAGCACGUUGAAGAGAGCGAAACAACAUCAACUGUUUGCAGCAGGAGAGAAACGGAGAGCAACAGCACGAAGAACUGUAGCAAUUAAUGAAAACAAUUAUACCACAAUUAAUGAUUAUUAUGGUAAAUAUAAAAGAAAAGAAAAACAAACUAAAGAAACCAACACAAAAAAAAACACGACCGCAGAAGAAAUCAAUCUUAUAAUAGCAAAAACAAAACAAAAGAAAAAAAUAUAUAGAAAUCGGUAGAAAACUAAUGGAAAAAGAGUCGAGUAAUGUAAUAAACCAUAGACAGGAUUGUAGAGCUAGUGAAGAAGAUAUUAAACUGAACAAAGCAACAACACGAAACUGGAUAAGGAAGGUGGCGCUUGACGAGCAAAUUAUCCAACUUUUAAUGUUAAUCGUGUACAGCUCUGCGGAGAUGAAAGCUUAGCUUAAUAAUAUUUAAUGUAAUGUCAUAGAAAGCCUCACCGAUCUGCUUUGUCUCUCCUUGUCUUUCGGUUUAUUUAACUGCGCAUACUCUGCGCUUAAGCCGUUUCCUAGUAGGAACAGGAGAGGGAAGGUUGUACCCAUUGUAUCUACCAUUGGAUUUUUGCAACCCAAAGAAGCAUGGUAUACUCAUGCUCUGCGUCAACCCAAUUCAAAGGGUGAUAAAGUAGUGCAACCUACUUCGGAUGUCCGUUCCCGGCUGUUCCUGACUAUUCCAAAGAUGUUGAAUGUAAAUUAAAAUGUAUCAUUUGUACCAUCAAACGUGGGCCAUUCGAAAGGAAUCUGUUAGAGCACCGUAGUUGUUUAGAAACCUCUGACCACAGUAGCUAAAAUCCCGGGCGAUAAAUCCAUAGUGCAAACAGUGGAAAGCAUAUAGCAUACCUUACCGAAGCAGCAAUUCGGUGAUUGAUUUGUGCGUACAAGAUUUAUAGCGAAACCUGCUUAAGUAUGUUCCAUACCGCCAGAAGAAACAGAAACAAAAAACCAGUAUCAGGGAAGGUUCGACACACCCAUGUCUUUUCCACUUGAGUACAGCAUUUAUCUUCCAUUCGAUCAGUAUUUGCAACUUCACACUUUAGUCCGCGGGCCAACGGCGAGUGCCGAGUGCCGAGAGGUCGUUAUUUUAAUGCCUAGAGAUUGCUAUUGCUCUAGAGCGUACUAGUGCGACGACCUGUCACUGGCAGCAUUAUUUGUAGGAGAGCAAUCAUUUUCAGCGAAAAACGCACACUUGACAGGGCCCUGUUGCCGACCACUACCCGAUUGUCAAACAGUGACAGAUGACUGAUACACUAAACAAUACGAUGGGCACUAGUAUAAACAUACCACACACGUGCAAAUAUUAGAAUAUCCUACAGAAGAAGAAGAAGAAAAACAGGGAAAUCAGAUAAUAUCGCGAGCUCACUACCGUGCGCUUGUGUGGCGUGUGGUAUAAUCACUCACACCGGGAAAAAUGUGGGACCGCUUCACAAAACAUCAUCAUGUACUACACUCGGAAUCAUUCGAGCACUAUUUCAUGCACUCACUCACACACCCAUACCCAAACACCCCCAUUUGAUUGUAGAAUCGUUAAACUUUAAUAGCUUUGUGAAAUUUAUCAAUUGAAGAAGGAUGGCGGGGAAGGGGAGGUGGCGAGUAGAUUAAGCGAGAAUACAAUACAAAUAACAGGUGGCAAAAUACAAUCACUAGCUAAUGCGCACGUCCCUCUCGGGCGCGACGGUUCUGCUUUCACUUCAAUUUUUGGCAAAGGUGGACAUCCCCUCCCUCCCCCCCAUUCACCUGCCCGAUAGAAAGGCCGUGCUCAUAACUCAGCUUCUCCCCCCCGUCACCCCAUUUUGUCCUGUUCCCCCGAAGGCUGAGCCAAGGGGAGUCAAGGUUGGAUCGCAAAGUUUGCCGUUUUUAGAAUUUUUACACACGAAAUGCAAUCGGCAGCGGCUCAUCGACCCAUUGAAAGUAACAGGUCCUGGAUUGGAGUUAGUCCUCCACCUUUUCGCGACCUCCAUCUCACAAACGCGCUGGGGACUGAUUGGCCCACUAACACACACGUUUUGAUCUGGGGUGUUUUUGUUUCGCAAUCGCUUGCAGUCGCUUUCUAAGGCUAUAGAGAGACCCAUUAUCACAGGUAAUGCAGCACUCACACCGCAACUAGAACAAUAACGCAAAGUAACGCUACAUACUUAUUAGAUAUAGAGAGAAAGAGGGAGAAAGAGAGAGAGAGAGCGCGCGCGAUAGUAGUGGAGAGGUGAUGAACGAAGGACAAGUGCACAGGAUGUACUAAGGGCUGCUACGUAUCCUGGAGUGCGCAUACAUCGGAAAGCAUACUUUUAGCCAUAACGGUAGACAAGAAACGUAAAACAAUUAAACUAAAACAGUAGGAAACCUCUCAUCGAUUAAUAGGACAAAGAAAUGAACCUUUCCCUUUCCCCUUCGAUCCCUCCAUUUCCUUUUCCUGUCAACUGAAAAAGUUUGUGAUUGACCAUGGAACGUGUGUGGAAGUAGUUUUAUCUCCCUUGUCAAAGGCUCUUUUUCAGACCCUGCAAGAGCUCUUUUGGUUGCUCAAAUCCCAAUAGCUGACCCUGACAUUGCCGGGGAGCUCGAUCUCUGGUCUUUGGUGAUGCGGAUCUUUCACUUGUUUACUUUCGUAUUGAUGUACCAUGUGUGUAUGACGAAUGUAAGAAUACUGUGCAUGUUCUGUGUGUGUGUGUGUGUGUGUACGUGACUGUAUGUGUACAGAGUGUGUACUUGAAAGAUGUGAGCUUUACGUUCCAUAUACGCAAUCACCUGCGCAACACUCACAUCGGGCAUAGGAAAAACAUAAGUUAUGGCGUCACCAUAGAUGAGCAUCGAUGUUUUAGAUAUGUAUCUGUCCAGUAAAGCGUCCUGCAAGCAAGAUGAAUGUCUAUGUGCUCUCGAAAGGAUGUCGGGUGCCGCUGAGGACAAAACUGGGCGAAGGCUAUAGCACCAGCUCCUAGUUAAUCUGUUUAGAAAUCCUGUGUUGCAAAUGUCCGCACAACCACGUCCUACUUCUUUCUUUCUGUCCAACUACGCGGAGCAUGGUUCACUUCCAGCUCCAGCUAUGUUUAGUCUGUUGAAACGAGGAACCAAAUUCGAAACCCCUAACUCAAUACCAACUUCUGAAACACACAAACACACACACAAACACACACUCUCCUACGGAAUACGAUCUUAUAUUGCUAACGAUCCAUCAAUUCUCUGAGACAAUAGUUAAUCUUUAAACGCUAACAAAACAAAAGGAAAGUAUUAUCUGAUCGUGAAAUAAACCUUUUUGACAACAUUGAUGAAGUUGGCUGAUUGUGCUGACAACGGGAAGAUGUAUCAAAAUUGCUCUACACAAACAUGCUGAUACAACAUUGUAAAACCAAAUUGUUUCCCUAACGCCACCGAAAGUCCGAGGGAAAUAUAUAAAGCUCUAAGCUAUGUUUUACAAACGAUAGAAAAGAGAACAACAUUCAAAAGUUGAAAACAACACACAAGAAAACAUACUAAAUACACAAACAAACAGUUCACAAUUUCAGGCAAUGGCAUAGAGGAAAGAAAGCAAACUCAAAGAAGAAACCUUAAACUAAACGAACCAACACACAAAACUUGACUAUAUCACCCAUUUAUUCCCACAUAUCGGAACACAAGAUUACAGGACGUAUUAAACAAAAAAAACGAAAAGAGAGAAGCGAGAAGGAAACUAAACCAUCAACGUCAACGUAUAUAUAUCAAUAGCAGGAGAGUGCAUCAACUGGAUAUCAUUCACGGUCGACAUAUCCAAAUGUCACUUGGAACAAAAAAUAGUAAAAAAAGAAAAACAUUUACUAAACCAAGCGAUACACGCUUAGAGUGUUAAAGGUAUGCGCCAUUGAGUUUUGGGUUCUGUUGAAUCAAGUUUAUAACAAAACGCAUUUUCAAAAUGCUCUUUCGUCUACUUUUAACUGACUUCUUGGGUAUUGAUUUUGGUUGGAAGAGUUAGAUUUGGUUUAAACUUUGUAUCCAUUUAUUGUUGAACUAAAAAAGAUCAAUAUAUUGGAGGAAGAGCGCUCAUAUUAGCAAACACAAUCUCACACAAACUGACACACACACGACACUCCGAUUGUACAUAAUUUUAUACAACUCCAACGAUACAUAUGAUUAAAUCUAACUAUAUAUAUACAUACUAACAUAGAUACCUAUAUCAAAAUAGAGAAAUUAUCAGAUUCAUACGUUAGGUCCAUUGGAGGCGCGGAAAAAUCGAACUCAUCGCAUUCAUUCCUAUUACACGUGAUGUAUGAUUUCAUUGACUCGUGGCGAGAGGAAUAGAAGAAAUUAAUACAGAACAGAACACUCUAGAGUGUUCGUGAAACUACGUUAAAACCACACCUAGUCCUAAAUGAGACAGCGAUUUAGCAGAAACUUCACUCCAGUUUCAAAACAAAAGUCGAUCAUAUUGAAGUACUGGGAAACGAGCAUUUAAAAACACACGAAAUUACGUCUUAACCGGAGAAAUAUACAAUCAGAAAGAGGAAAACCUCUCCCCUCCCAAUUAACAAACAACAAUUAAUAGUUAAAAAAAUAAACACAGCACCGUCAUCAGUAGAAAAACUUACCAAAUUGCCAAGUAUUUGAAAUGGACAGCCCCAUACACACUCACACAACCUGGAAGUAAUCCACAAGUAAUCGACAUCAACCCAAUGGCAUGGCGGCAAAACGCUCUAUUGUAACUCUAUCGAAAUAAACCAUCUGUAACAUUUGUCCGUGUGUGUGUGUGUGUGCGUGUGAGUGUAUGGUAAUUAAACAAUGGAAACGAUUUAACAGACAAGGCAAGACACGAGAGCAGGACAAACGCGUGGCAAACCAAAACCCAAGGAGCGUAAGGAAAUAGUAUAUUUUAUCGAGCAUGCAGACAUUCGAGCGCGCUAGCAGGAAAGUCGCACAGAGCGCGCACCAACGCAGCUAAAAUUAUUGGAAGCAGUGGUUCUGUCAGCAGAACAGGCUGGCGCUGGCGGUUGGCCAAUUAUACAGGACGCGAAACGGACAAACUAAAUGUGACGAGGAAACCAUAGAUAACCUGAAACGGACGCAAGCAAAGAGUUUGGGAAAGGCGAACAGCGCAGGAUAGGUUCCACGAGGGAUGGGGAAAGGUAGUGCAGUUCAGCGAGCUACCGUAGCAUGUAAGCCUAUAGAGCAAUUUUCGAAAUUGAUACGAGAGACAGAGAGAGAGGGAGAGAGCGAGAAACGGAGAAACAGAGAGUCGAGAAGAGACCAGAAAAGACGGAACGAAACCAAUGAACGGCAAAAAAACGGAAAAAUAAAUAUUGACAUAUAAAGCGAA